UUGGUAGACAAAUAAGGAUCAUGGUGUCUGAUGAGUUUUGUAGUGGCUUAACGUCAUAUAAGCCAAACCAGAAUCAAAGGAGGCUCUCAUCAUAAUUUAUAUAAUGGAAUUCGAAUAUUGUUUGAUACGAGAUCAUUUGGGCCCCUUAAAAAAACAAGAUCAUUUGAGAGGCUCACGCAAAAAUAAGACCGUUACGAAAGUAAAAAAGGAAAGGGUAAAAGCGUCCAUACAUCAAAAAUGUUCAAAGGAGAGGCUCUCUUCUUUCUAAAUCAGACCGUUACGAACGAAACACUCAAAAAAAAAAAGCAAAUCCUCGUGAGGAAGAAGACAAGACAAGACACCGUGUUCGAGAUUUGUGAUCCCCACAUCGGUAAAAUGGAGGAUACGAUUUCAAACCCAAGCAUGAUGGAACCUCUGUUAUUCCCCGUCGAUGAUCCAAUGUCUCUCCUACUUUCUCAGACCACCGAUAACAACAACAGUCUCUUCGGGUUCGUGAGAGGUCCCAGAUACGGUGAAUACGCAAGCCUACGAGAAUCGAAGCUUCGAUUAAAGCGAGAGUACGCGAUGAUACUAAAGGAAGAGGAAGAGAGGUUCUUCGGCGGCGAGAAGAACAAGAAGCUGAAUCAAACGAGAGAAGAAUACGAAAUUCGGGUUUCUCCGGAGAAGAAGACGAGAUUCGGGUUCAAAUACAACCCUAAUUCGCGGAGACUGUCUUCGUCCUCGUCGUGCUCGUUGGCUCAGUCUGUUCCUGACUUCUCCGCCAUGAUCCGUAAGGAAAAUCGCCGCCCGGCUAACUCGAAUUUGCUUCCGCGGAGAACGGAUCUCACUCCUCCGCCGUCUAAGAGCAGAAACGGCGCCGUUUUCGGAUCGGCUUCUUCCGCUAGAGGAAGCAUGAGUGCUGGAGAUAAGAAGAAGAGGAUGGGGAUGUCGCGUAAGAGCUACGCUAAUGUCGAAGAUCUGAAGAAAGUAUCCAUGGCCGCAGAUUCUGGCAUUAAUGGCGGCGGUGGAGGAGGGAGGAAAUCAAUUGGAGGUGGUGGUCGGACUAUUCUAGGUUACAGACAAAUCUACUGAUCACUCUUUGUCACACAACUUGAUUGUGUUUUUUUUUUUUUUAAAGAUUUGAUUAUUUUUUUAGGUUUUUGGUUGAUAAAAGAUUGUUCCUUUGUUUCUUGAUUUUGGUUUGUGUGUGAUAGAAAGCUAAUUGAUAA